AUGCAACAAGAAGAGAGUUAUUACUGGCCACCGCGGAUUCAUCGACAGCCUGCAAUAGUUGUUAGACCGAGAGGUAGGGAUUUGGAGCAGUUGAAAUCACAUCAGAUUAAGGAAGGCUAUAGAAGGUCUUAUCAUAGUACGGACGUAACGAAGAUGGGAUCGACGCUGCUGCGCAAGGCAUCGGGGGAUGUAAACGACUACUAUACAACCAAGAAGGUGAAGAGCCACUACUGGCAAUUGAAGACGGAGGAGGCUUCGUUGUUGUCAUUCUCGGUGUGCCCAGAGUACGACAUAAUUGUUGUGUCUAAUUCGAGUAAAGAGGGGGGUGAAAAUCUGAAGCUGUACCGAUACAACAAUGUUAAACAGAAAUUGCACCAGAUACAGGCGAUAAUGGUCCCUGGGGAGUCUAUUAUUGUUUGCAGUAUUCCGAGGUUCACUUAUUCAGCCUUUAGAAGUGCUGGAUAUGGUAGAAGGGAGCCUGCUGACCAUGACUUCAUGAUUCUCAUAGGGCAUCAGGACUGGAUAGUCAACUUGAUUGGGACGUCAUUGGAACAUGGGAAUGCAAAGAUAAUAAAACGAUUCAACCAUGGGAAAUAUUUGAGGCAGCUAUGUGCUGAGAACAAGGUAGACGACGUAAUAAAGAAGAGAUACCACGAUGGUGCUCCGCAAUUACCAAUCCGGCAGUUGAUCACAUGGCGUGAUAAAGAUACAGAUUUGAUGGGGUUUGUUUCUUUGAUUAGCCAGACUUUGUUUAUCUACACAUUUGAUUCGACAAGGCCAUUUUAUGUGCGCGCUAUACCUGGGAUUGAAUCCUUUGAUCUCAACCCUGAUAAUGUGUUGCUACUUGCAAUGUCCGGUCCGACAUAUGGAUAUAGUGGGAUUUCUUUGCUCGACUUAACAGCUGGAGAAGAGGCUUGUAAUUUGUAUGCUCCUUCACCCGAUUCGGCUGGGCAUAUGAAGGAUUCCGCCACAUCAGGACAUUGCAUUUGGUUAGAUGCCAAUACAUUGGUUAACUCUGUUGGCAACGUUAUGAAGAUAUGGGAUAUCUGCACACCGAAGGGACUUAUGUGUACUAUCACUGGUCACAGAGGUCAUAUAACUAGUAUCGCAUAUCACAAGGAAACAUGCACUCUUUAUAGUAGUGAUGAUCAUGGUUACCUCUUGUGUUGGGAUCUUUCCACCCUUAAUAAUAAUAUACAUGGAAGAAUACCAAGAGAGAUAAAAAAACUCACGCUAUGUCAGGGAUUUCAGUCAAUAUCGAUCGCGGAGGAAGAUUAUUCGACGGUGAUUCAAUGUGGCAACAUAAUAGUCUCUCCAGAUAUACAGAGAUUAUCUUCAGCGGGUUGGGAACAUAUGUGCCAUACCCCUUCGUCUGGUGUAAGUGAACUGCAGUGUAUGGGAGAUGGAACGCUAAUAACUCUUGAUUCAGCUGAGCUGGGCAUGCACCGCCUACAAAAUACUAAGUGCUACCCGCAACGGGAUCGGAUGCAUCGUUUUGAGACUGACCGUCUUAAUAAUAUACCAAAAUCCACAAAAUCCAAGGGCUACCAAAUAGAGGAAUUAGAUCCCAUAAUCAAUUCGGACUUUACACUUGUAGAGUCAGGAUUAGCCGAAAAUAACAAUUCUUUUGAUUUCGAGGAUAAUACAUUUAAGUAG